AUGGAUUCAACAGUUGCAGAUUCCUCGCCAUCUGUGGAGCAGGGAUUCGAGGGACAGCCAUACCCUGGGUUCUGGAGGCAGGUGACGCUGCGUUCCAUGGCCAUCGCGGCGGUGCUCGCGACCAUCUUCUCUUUGGUCACGCUGCGGAUCUACAUGACCAUUGGGGUCGUGGGGGCGCUCAAUAUGCCUGCGAACGUCCUCGGUUACUUCUCCGUGAAGAGCCUCGUCGCCAUGCUGAGGCGCCAUGGCAUCGCUGCCGCACCGUUCACGCGCCAGGAGAACAUCUUUCUCCAGACCUGUGUCAUGACCUGCGUUAACAUUGCGAUCUCAGGUGGUUUGCCAAAUUACAUUAUUGCAAUGAAUUCUCAUGUAGCGAAAUCUCUCAGUAAUCAUCCGGAUGAGGAAGACAUUAUUGACCGCGUACCAACAGGAAAAUAUGCGCUAUUCCUUUUCCUCACCGGCCUGGUGGCAGUAACGUCCAUGCUGCCGCUGGUGCAGGUUAUGAUUGUCGACUACAGAUUGCCCUUCCCAACAGGCUCUGUUGUGGCUCAUCUUAUCAAUAGUUUUCACACCCCUCAAGGAGCUUAUGUGGCAAAGAUGCAGGUUGCAGCUAUAUUCAAAACGUUUCUGGGAAGCUUUUCUUGGUCUAUGUUUCAAUGGUUCUAUAGUGGUGGUGAACACUGUGGAUUUCAGUCCUUUCCAAUGUUUGGACUAGAGCUAUAUAAGCGUAGAUUCUUUUUUGAUUUCUCUCCAUCAUUUGUUGGUUUGGGUAUGAUUGUCCCCCAUGUUGUAAACUUCGGGUUGCUUUUUGGAGCAAUCACCUCCUGGGGAAUAUUAUUUCCUUUCCUUGACAGCAAAAGAGGGCAAUGGUAUCACACUGACAGUACUACAAGUUUGAAUGGAGCGAAUGGAUAUAAGAUUUUUAUUGGCAUAACAAUGAUUAUCACUGAGGGAAUUUUCAACUUCAUUAAACUCCUUUCUGUGAGUUCAAUCGACUACUACAAGAAGAGCCAAGAAAAUGAUUCAGGGAAGAUCAAAUAUAUGUUGACAAGUCCCAGCCUUAACUAUGAUGAUCGGAAAAGGCUUGAGGUACUUGCUGGCAAUCAAAUCCCUCUUUUUUUACCAGUGGCCGGAUAUAUUGGAUGCGCCAUAAUUUGUUCAGUCGCUAUCCCUUGGAUCUUCCAUCAUGUUACGUUCUAUCACAUGGCCUUAUUGUUUGUCAUUCUUCCUAUUUUUACCUUCUGCAAUACAUACGGAACGGGACUCACAGAUUGGUCAGUUGCACAAACUUAUGCAAGGUUUCUGCUCUUCAUCAUAGCUGCAUUGAUUGCAAAACCAGGUGCCAUUAUCGCUAGCCUUGCAGUCUCUGGCGUGGCUGUGGCAGCUCUUAAUGUUUCUUCACAGGCCAUGCAAGACCUCAAGACUGGUUAUAUGACUCUGACUAAUCCAAGAGCUGUAGUGGCUGGGCAUAUCUACGGUGUGCUAAUUGGUUCUAUCAUUAACCCAUGCAUCUUUCUUGCCUUCGAGGCAAACGCUAAAGAUACUGCUCCCAUUGGUUCAAAGGAUUCAGGGUACCCAUGCCCCUCCGCAUCGAUCUAUCGUGCCAUUGGGCUACUUGGUAAGAGAGGAUUGGAUCAGCUCCCGGAUCACUGCAUCACCUUUUGUUUGGUUACAUUCUUGAUAACACUAGCUGUCGAAACACUUAGAUUAGUGUCGCAGAAAAAUGAUUGGAAUUUACAAAAUUUCAUCCCUUGCAUCACAGCAAUAGCACUACCAUACCUGACUGGACCUUACUACAGCAUAGAUAUGACCCUAGGUAGUGUCCUGUUAAUCAUUUGGGGUCAAAUGAACAGACAAAGUGCCGAAUUAUUGUCGUCGGCAGUUGCAGCAGGCUUAAUAUGUGGAGAUGGAAUAUGGGCUCUGCCAUCAUCAAUACUCAGCAUCUCCAAUGUACAUCCACCAAUCUGCAUGAAGUUUCUUGCGAGUGGAAAACAAGUGCAUAUUGUCGACUCAUUCGUAAAUACAUUAGGAACACGUUGA